GUGCGAUAUUUUUGCGUGCAAAAAUUUGUUGUUAUGUCAAAAGUGUAAACACUGAUUUCAUAUCAUGUAUAUAUGCAUAAUGGAAUAAAAUUUGAAGACCGAUAUUUUAACGACUUCCGUGUCAGUCACUGACAUAGGAUUUAUGAUGAAAUUUUACCUUAAUAUGUAUAUAAUAAAGUGAAACGUCAUUAAUAUUUUAUUUAUUGCAUUGAUUUGUAUCAAAAGGAGAUAAUCAUAAAUAGCUUUCUUCCGUAUUCCUGUGAUGCAAAAAAUAUCUUUAUAUCUGUGAUUUUAUCUGUUUCAUUUCCACUUUCAUUAAAAAUUUUAUAUUCUUAAAGGUUAUCAGUACUUGCAAAAAUGUUUGAAAUAUCUAACGUUAACAGCAAAGAUCAGUUUUUAGAGCAAGCAAAAGCCGCUCGACUGGAAAGAGCGUUGGAAAAAAAGCGAGAACAAGCAGCUUUGACAAUUCAGGCUUAUGCACGUGGUUAUUUUUCAAGGCAAAGGUUAAAAAAUGAUAUCAGAAAUGAAUUUGAUGAAAAUUUUAAAGAUUUCACGGAAUCUAAUAAAUUACCUCCAGCCAUUGAUAUGUACAAAACAAUAAGAAAACUCAUGUUUAUUAUAAAUGAAGAUUGCAAUGAUAGGGAAAGGUUUGAAAAAGUUUGCAAAUAUAUCAUAGCAAGUGUAGAUAGUGAUUCCUUAAAGAAAAGCUACAUUUCAGUAGCUUUCAAUAAAGAACUUGCUGUAGCCUGGAUACAUCACCUGAAAACAUUAUUAUGGCAGUGUUGUUUGUAUUUGAAAACUCUGAAGCCUGAGUGGCCUCAGGAUAUAAAAUCUCUGAUGUUGUUUCUGCAUAUGCUAGUUUCAUUUACAAGUACAGGGACGUGGAAAGUUUUACAUAGCAAGCAAGGAGAAGCCUUGAAACCUGCAAUGCAUCAGCUGUGUGCUAAUAUCAUGGGUCAUUUAGUAACAAAAGGUCUUUAUUCGAUUUUACAAGCAAUUUUAUUAAAAGGUUUGGUUCGUGUAAAACCUUGCUUGAAAAGAGCUACUCUUCUUGCCAUCACAAAUUUGUCAAUACGUCCUGUAGUGUCUUCGCAAUAUACAAAUAAUUUGAUGAACUUGUUUCUUCUUCAUAUAAUGUCUGUGCCAGCACUUAUUCUGCAUUUUCAUAAUUCUGCUCCUGAGUGCCUGACAAUAUUUUCAAAUAAUGAAAUGUUCAAACAUUCUUUGGAUUUACUUGUGUCAGAACAAAAUACUAGGAUACUAUUUAAUGCUUUAGAAGGAAAUUAUGCUCUUUGUCUGAUAGCUAAUCUUAUUCAUUUGGGCCAUUCUGAUCUUGAAAAUCUGCAAUCUAAUUUAUUGGACUUCAUCAAUGUUAUAACUAGAAUCAUGGAAAGCUGUCAGAAAUAUGUUGUGAACAAGCAGUCUAAUUUAACUCACUGGCAUCCUGUUUUGGGAUGGUUUGCUCAAAAAAUUGACCAUGGGCUUCAUGAAUCUCUUUCACUUGUAAAAAAGCAAGUUCAGUUAUUAUGGAGUGGUUCUAUGAUCAAAACCAUGUUUUCCCAUUUAGUGGAUUCUGUUGCAUGCCCUCCUCAGCCAUCUAGUCCAACAUCAAACCAAAGUGCUACUUCACCAGUUCAAAAUUCUCCAUUUAAAACAAGUAUAUUUAAAAAGGCAUUAGAAAAAGCAUCUUCUAGUCGUUUAACUACUGUGCAUUAUAGGAGAUUGGGAAGUCCAGAAACAACACUAGUAGCACUGACAUGCAAUUUAUAUGAAACAGCUCUUGCUACAUUAACCCAGAUGAAGUUAGACAUACUUACUGGUCUUUGCUAUCAGGAUAUGGUGCUGCCGAAUCUCUGGAAGUUCAUCAGUAGUCUUGGUCCUGGAAAUGGUUUAAAAGCAUUCUUGGAUCAUUUAGCAAUAACUACAAAAACAUGUAGUCCUGAAUUCCAAAUUUUGGUUCUGUUUUGUGAUUGUGCUACUCAUUUAAUAACGAUCUUAGAUGACGUUGAACUGUAUGAACAACAGAAACCAUUUUGCCUUGAAGACUUAGUAUCCAUAUCAUCUUUCUUGAACCAGCUGGUCUUUAAACUAAUCUGGAACAAUCUAAUUGAUUCAAAAGCUGUUAAGAGCAAUGCUCUGUUAACUUCAGCUCAUACUUUGUUAAUGCUGCUUUAUAAGAGAGAUUGCAGGCAUUCCUAUACUCCACCAGAUCACUGGCUCAUAAAAGAGAUCCGCGUUAGUUCUUUCAUGAGUGAUUUGGAAAGAGGUAAAAAAGCUGCCCAAGUUUUAAUGCAAAAAGUUCCACACAUCAUUCCACACAAAGAACGAGUGGUCUUAUUUAGGAAGUAUGUAAACAACGAAAAAGAAAUAUUAGGUUUAACUGAAUCAGCCUGUGCUUCACCACAGAGCACAUUAAUUACUGUCCAUAGAUCUAGAAUUGUGGAGGAUGGUUAUCAGCAGCUUUCUAUGUUACCAUCACAGUCGUUAAAGGGUGUCAUAAGGGUAAAAUUUAUAAAUGAGCAGGGCUUAGACGAAGCUGGUAUUGAUCAAGAUGGUGUUUUUAAAGAAUUUCUAGAAGAAACAAUUAAAAAAGUUUUUGAUCCUACAUUAAAUUUAUUUCGAGCCACUAGUGAAGAGAGGCUUUUUCCUUCACCGACAUCUUAUAUCCAUGAAAAUCAUUUAUCGUUAUUUGAAUUUGUUGGAAAAAUGCUUGGAAAGGCUGUGUAUGAAGGAAUUGUUGUUGAUGUCCCAUUUGCAUCAUUCUUCUUGAGUCAAGUUUUAGGUCACACACAUAGUGCUUUGUACAGUUCUAUUGAUGAGCUUCCAUCUUUGGAUCCUGAACUCUAUAAAAGUUUGACGUAUAUUAAGCAUUAUGUUGGUGAUUUACAUGAUUUGGAUUUAACAUUUUCUAUUGAUGAAGACUGCAUGGGACAACUAGUCACUCAUGAACUUGUUCCUGGUGGUAAAGCAGUUCCUGUUACCAACGAAAAUAAAAUCAGCUAUAUCCAUUUAAUGGCUCAUUUUCGAAUGCAUGUUCAAAUUCAUGAUCAAACUAAUGCAUUCAUUAGAGGCUUCCGUUCAAUUGUGAAUCCUGAUUGGCUGACAAUGUUUUCUACUCCAGAACUUCAGCGGCUGAUUUCUGGCGAUAAUACUCCUGUUGAUCUUGCAGAUUUGAGGAAACAUACGAAAUAUUUUGGAGGUUUUCACAACAAUCACCGAGUUAUUAAUUGGUUGUGGGAUGUUCUUGAAAAAGAUUUUACUCAAGAAGAGCAUCGAAUGUUUUUAAAGUUUGUCACAAGUUGUUCAAAACCACCACUAUUAGGAUUUGCACAUUUGGAACCUGCUUUUUCCAUUCGUUGUGUGGAAGUUAGUGAUGACCAAGAUACAGGAGACACAGUGGGAAGUGUCCUUCGUGGUUUUUUCACUAUUCGUAAAAAAGACCCUGUGAAUCGCCUUCCAACAUCGUCUACAUGUUUUAAUCUCCUGAAACUUCCUAAUUAUCAAAAGAAAAGCACUUUGCGUGAGAAGCUGCGUUAUGCUAUAGCAUGCAAUACAGGAUUUGAGCUAUCAUGAUGUAAAUCUCAACCUUGCAAAUUAUUUAUGAUGCAUGUAUGCACAUUUAAUUCACUGUAUAUAUAUAUAUAUAAGCAUUUUAGCACUUUAUAUGCAGAAUCGUCAGCAAAUAAAUUCAUUUCAUAUUAAAAGUAUAUUUAUGUUUAAAUAUUAUGUUAAAUGCAAGUUCUUGUAGCACAUUAUAUGUCUAAAUUUUAAACUUAAAAAAAAACUAUGGUAGGAACAUCAUGAUCAAAAUAUCAUUUUAUAAAUUUAUUUAGAAUUAUUUUUUGUGUUGAUUUUUUAUCAUUCUUUUGAACAGAAAAUUCUUUCCUUUAUGAAGCUUUUAAAGAAUUAUUCUUUAAUUCUUUUAAUUUAUUUUCUUUUAAAGAAUGCAUGGUUUUCAGCUGAAUUUGUAUAUAAUUAUAAAUGUUCGUUUUUAUGAAAGUUUCUGAAUGUGAUGCUAACCUUUUAAUGUUUUAUGAGAAAGAAUGUUGCUGAAAGAUAUGAAUGUCAUACAAUAUCUUAAAAUUAAUAUAGUGUAAAAGAUUGCUGGCAUCUUGAUUACACUACAUUUGUUUAUGUAGAUAUUUCUUGUUAUAUUUGAUUUUAAAGAUAUUUUUAAAUUGUGUUUGUAUGAGCAGUUAUUUUUAUGAAGAGAUGUGUGUUAUUUUUUGUUGGUUUCAAAGAUUUUUAAUAUCUUUGGAUUUUAUAUGAAAUACUUGUUAAUAUAGACUUUAUGAAUUUGAAUGUAAAUAAACAUGUGAUAUGAUUAGGAGUAAUAAUUCUGUGUACUAAUAUUAGUACAGUAUAAGAUUGAAUGAAUUCUUUUAUCAAGGUAACUCCUGAGAGAAUAUGUUAGAAGUGUGUCUUUAGUGUUGUUAUCUCAUUUGAAAGAAUGUUAUUUUUAAUAUAUAUUAUUAGUUAUCCUUUUUAUAAAUGCCACUGUCUGUCAUAUAGUUAUAUGUUAUCAUAAAGCUUUGAAAUUCUUUAUAAUUUAACUAAAAAUAGUCACUUCCCACCCCCAGCCCUACGAAGCAUGACUAGUAAGCCAUAAAAUUAGAAUUUAUGCACCAUUUGUAACAUUUUUUAAUUCGUAUUGUAAUAUAAUACUUAUUAAAUUCUUUUUUCCAGUUGAAUUUCUCGUAAUUCUUUUAUUCUAAGCUUUUAAAUAUUAGUCAUUUUCAUACACAUUACAUGAAACAGCAUGCUACCGAGAGGUUAAAUUCAGUAGUAGAAUUUUAUGUAUCAGACUUUUUUAUGAGGUGAAAAGUUGAAUUUUUCCCUUUCUUAUUAGUAGCUUUUAAUUUGUUGAUUUUGUGAUACUUGACUGUAUAUUUAUGUAUUGAUAGCUUGAGUUUGUUAACAUAUGGUAAAGCAAGAAAUGCUGUUUUUGACUGAAUUUUAAUUGUUUUUAAACUAUGUUAAAAAAAACUCAUUCAACAUUUAUGCUAGUUGAUUGCUUUACAUUUAACAUAUGUGAAUUAUUUAUUUGUAUGUUAUUAAUGUGGUAGCUGUUUCAUUCUCAUCAAAUCUGAGUAUUGCAUUUGUAAGUUUUGUUAUUUUAUUUGUUGGUAUAUUAAGAAAAUGUGAGUAUAAUACUCUUAUUUUGCUUAUAGCUGCUAUUUGAUUUUAUUUAUGAGAAGAAAAUUAUAAAUCUGAAAAAUAAAUUCUUUUAUUAUUUCUGUGUAGAAAUAUCUCUUUUAAGGGUUUUACCUGUUAGCAUAUGUCUUCUUUAAAAUUAUAUUGAAUAAAUGGCAUGUUUUUCUGUAUUGUUGCACUUUCCAAAAAAAUUAAAAGAAAUUAUAUAUCUUGUUUUAAAACUCUGAGUAUUCAUGGCUAUCUAAAAGGACCUUGCGUUCUUCAACCAUAUUUAAUAAUAAUGCAAUAAAUUUUAAGUGACAUGUUAUGUUUGUUCAAAUUUUGUCAUAAAACAGAUCUUAUUUAACCUCAAAAUAUAACCUCAAACUAUUCAUUUUUUUAUUCUAUAAAAAAAUUAUUAUUAUUAUUAUUAUUUUAUUUUAUUUUAUGUUAUUCUAUGAAAAUGAAAAUAAGACACCGAAAAUAUGUUAAUUAUUCUACUCGUAUAGCCUGAAUAUUCUGCAAAUGUUGAAGAAGUUUCUUUUCAAAUAAAAAAUGAAUAACAAAUUAGUAAAUUAUUUUUAAACAAUACAUUUCAGAUUAUUAAUUUCAAUUUUAUAAUGAAAAUAAUUGCUAGUAACCCCUAUGUAUAUGAGACGCUUGGAAAAACAAAUGGUUUUCCAAGUUUACAGUUUUUAAGAGAUACAGUUUUACAAAUACAGUUUUUAAGAGAUGGCAUUUGAUGUAGGAUUAAGAAAUAAAACAGGUUUAGGCUUCAGAAACUAAUGAAAGCAUCUACUGCUAAAGAAGGAAGACCUAUGUCAGAUUGUCCUCAAGACUUAAGAGUUUCAUUCAAUGUAUACGAUACUGUGAGGCUUCUUUUUACCUGAUCAGAAAUAUGUAUAAAAAAUAUCAGUUUGUUAUAUUACAAGUAUGUUAUAUUAUAAUGUUGAAUAAUGCAUGUUAAUCAUUUUUUUAUUGCUGGUAAGUGCAGUUAAGAAAGAGUAUUUUCUUAAUUGUAAAUUAUAUUUUCUUUUCUGUAAUUUUCUUUUUUCCAUUUAAAGCUAGAUUUUGUUAUUAUUUUUUAAAGUUUUAUUAUUUACUUUUUAAAACAGGUUAUAUAGCUCCUACUCCUUAAGAUUUUGAUAAUAACUUCACUCUGUAUCUUGCUUUGGUUCUAUUAGCCCAUUAUUUUAAUUUACCUUAUCUUACAAACUAUAUACUCUUUCAGAGAAGGAAAAUCUCUUCUGUUUAAAAUGAUUUUUCUGUAACAUAUUGCAUAAUUUAAUUAAAAUAUCAUGAAUUUAAUUAACUUCAUACUACAUUUAAUCUUAAUUUUAUCAGAAAUCUUAUUUACUUAUUGACUGAUUUAUUAAAAAUAUACUUUUAGUUUCUGUCUCUUAUGUUAAAAAUUUUCUUUUCCUUAACUAUAUCAAACAAAUUUGUUACAUGGUUUGCAAAUAUUUAUUCUGUAUUAUGUAUGCAAUAUAUGAUACUAGAAGUAACUUUUAUUAAUUUCACUAAUGUUAAAAAUUUUUUAUUAGCUAUAUUAUAAACUAUAUAAAUUAGUUGUAUUUAUAAACUACAGUAGUUAGAGGUUUUCAUAAAAUUUAAAUGAAGUUAUUAAGAAGUGCAUGUAUUGCUUUUUAAUUACUCAGUUUAUAAAGCAAUAUAUGGUUUCAAUUUGAAAGCUAUAUAUAUGACAUGCAUUGUCUUUAAAAGUUUGCACUAUGACCAACUAUAUGGAUGAUAAAUACUACUGUAAUGUAAUAUGAUCUAAGAAGUGCAUGUAUUGCUCUUUAAUUGCUCAGUUUGUAAAACAGUAUAUGGUUUCAGUUUGAAAGCUAGCUAUAUGACAUGCAUUGGCUUUAAAAGUUUCUAAUGUGACCAACUGCAUGGAUGACAAAUACUACUGUAAUUUAAUUUAAUGUAAUAUGAUCCAAAAAAUUUAAAAGCUUAUGAUAUAGAUAUUUGUAAAGUUAAAAGAAAAGAUCUGUAAUUUUGUUUAUUUUUUUUUACCUGCCUUGACAAAUUUAGUAAUAAGAAAUUAUACCUUUAUUGAAUUCUAUGGAAUUUUUAAGUUUUUUCUCUGAAAGAAUAACUUCUGAGAAAUUGGAAUUCCAAUUGCUUAGUUAUUUUUUUUCCCUUGCAGUAUUGGUCUUCUUAAAAUUUUUAAUUUAUCUUCCUUCAAAUCAAUUUGAUUUAGAUUGGAUGCCACUUUAACCAAAUUUGCUUCAGCCAGCUCCCUCUUCUAAUAAAUUAUUGAUUAUCUUCAUUUAAAUGUCAUUAGAACUCGGUUUAAUACAAUAUUUAUACUAAAGUAUUAUAUCAACUUAUUUUGUUAUGCAAAGCAUUUUAAUCUUCUUGAGAAGCAAGAAUAAACUUGUGCUGACACAAUCAAAAAUUGAGGAGAUUCAGUACCAUUAUUAGUUCAAUAGAUUCUUCAGUAUUAUUUUUUCCCUAAAAAAUCCAUUGCAACAAUUCUUAAUGUAGUGUGUUUUAAUUGUAGUUUUAACUCUUUGAUAUUAACAAUGAUACUGUAUAAAUGAUAGAAACACAUUUCAAAACUGAUUGAUUUAAAUAUUUUUUUCCUAAAGCUUAGUGAGAUAUCUAAUUUGACAUCAGGUCUAAAAUAUUAUAAAAGAUGCAUUUUUAAUAAAUUAACUAAACUUGUAAUCCAGUAGGCCAUUUUUACUAUGCAAUGAUUAAAUUUAGUGCAUUACAUUUUUUACUAUGCAAUGAUUAAGAGAUCUGUAAACUAGCUUAUGACUUCCCAUAUAUUCAUUCCUUUGAAAAUUUACUGCACAAAAGUAAAUUAUGUGAUUUUUAUUCCUUAGUGCAUCAAAACUAGAUGCAUUUUUACAUACAUACUAUGAAACAAAUAUCUUGGUCCUUUUUUUAAUCCAAAAUUGGUCUAACUGAUGUGUUGUGUGUUCAUUCCAUUGGAGUUUAUAACAAGUUAGGAGACUUUUUUGCUUUUCUUUUUAAAUGGUCCGAAAUUUAGAAUUUUUAUAGUUUAAACUGAAUUUGUAUGCCAUCAUGUUUUAGAGAUGUCACAUUAUGUAGAAUUAACCUAUAUACUAAAAAUAGCAUUUUGUGAUGUUUUCAGUAAAUUUUUCCUGUACCCUUUUGUAUCGUAGUCAUCCCAUGACAAAUUCUCUAAAACAGAGAAUUUUAUUUCAGUACUUAUAUUCAAUACUCCUUAAAUUUUUAUCUAUGAAAAUCGUCUGCUUGAAAUAAUGCACUUUUACAUAAAGUAUUUGAAGAUUGACUUAAUGUGAAUAAAUACUUGCAAGUAAUGAAUUAUUUUUAUUUCUGUUAAUGUAUAUAAGUGUGUUGUUUAAGAGAAUUAUAUACUUCAUGAUGACCAAACUAACUGCAAUGCAUGAAAGUAAAAUAAUAAAUCAAAAUAUGUUAAAGAUAUUUAUGUCCUUAUACUUUAAACAUGUAAUGAAUUUGAUUUAAAACAAAGAUUUGUAUUAAAUUCAGUAAUGCACAAAAAAGCAUUUACUUAUUUUAUUAUUAUUGUAAAACUAAGUUAACAAUUUGUGUUAUUUUAUGAUACAGGGUGGCCUAAUAACAGUGGAAUAUAAAACAUUGUCAUGUAAAAUUUGUAGAAAAUAAUUAUAACGAUGUCAAAACUGCUUUAAAUAGUUAAGGUAUGAGUGAAUUUUAAUGUACAGAGUUUUCAAACUGUAUGUUUCAGUUAUUAUAGUACAAAGUUGAUUUCUGAAUUCAAUAAUUGGACGAUUUCUAUAUCAGAAUUUAGAUCUGACGAUUUCUAUAUCAGAAUUUAGAUCUUUAUUCUCUUGAUCUCAACUAUAUAAAUAUGAGUUAUUUAUGUAAAGGUGUUUUUAAUAUAAACUAGUAUGAAAUAUUCAGAAAGAUUAAGGUAUGGGAUAUAUGUGGACAUUCAAUAUCUUUCUGUUGAAUUUUUUCUGAAUUAAUUAAGAAAAAUGGAUUUUCUAUUUUGUACGAUUCAUUUCUGUCUCGAAUGUGCGACAAUUGGAGAAACAUGUUAUGGUGAUGAACAUUUCAAGUGCAAAAUUUCAUCCCAUUUUUUUACUAAUAAUUCUGUCUAUUGACGGUACCAUCUGUGUAUAAGCACAUCAAUUUUCUGCUUAGAAAAAUCUCUAAAGCUUUCUAUUUGUCUUCUAAAUGCCGUACUUUUACUUUUUUAUUUGCCAUUCAGUCAGAAAUGAGCCUUAUUGCUAAACAAAAUAUUUUUAUUUUCACUGAUUUUCCAAUUAUUUUUUUUAAUCUUGAUCUUAAAUUUUGCAAAAGUAUAUUGUUCUGUUCCUGUUCUAUGUUCCUGUUUUUAUGUGGUUAAUAAAGAUGUAUUUUGUACAGAAAUAAUUUCACAAUGUUUGGUUAUUUUUAGGGGCAUUUCAUAAUAUUUAUGAUUGUGGUGACUUCUUUCUUGUUGAAUUUUGUAUUUUUUUUCCGAAUAUUAGUUUGUAAUUCCUAUAUUUUUGUUCUGUCAUAAAAGUAGAUGUCCUGUGUUUUCUGCAGGCAUGAGAAAUGUUACAUGCUAAUUAAAUAAUCGUUCCCUUAAAGUAAAAAAACUAGAAAAAAAAUUGGAAAAAUAUAAUGGAAAUUAGUUUACUAUAAAAGUGAAAACGAUUUUAAACCCUGAAAUGCAUAUUUCAUUAGGAGCUUUCUUUAUCUCGCACUCAUAUCCACAUCCAUGCUGUAUGAUAUUAUUUCAAUUAUAAGAUUUUCCUCUGAUACGUAGAUGUAUGUUUAAUGCUUCUGUAAUGAAAACUUUUCAAACUAAGAAAGCCAUGUUCUGAUAUUUCAGAAAAUAGACUCUUAUAAUAUAGCAGCCAUGCAAAUAAAUAGAAUAACUCAAUAAAAACAGAAUAUUUAUAAUAAAAUAAUUAUGUUAUUUGGCUUAUCUUGUAUUUGAAUAGCAUUGUAAAGUAAAUAUUAUUUAUUUAUUUGUAGUAAUAUGUGAAGUUGUUAUAAAUAGCAUCUAUUUGCAGUAUGUUAUUUUGUAAAGUUUGGUCCAUGACAACUCAUCUUUCUUUAAAUAUGUGUUCUUUUAAUCAAAAGAAAACUGCUUCUCUUUCUUAUUUUGUAAUGUUAAAUAUUUCUUUAUUUAAAGCAUUUCAUUUAAUGCCUGAUUUUUGGAUUUUAAUAAUACUAUUUCAAUUUCUGUUCAGUGUGUUCAACCAAUGAAUUGCUGUUUCAGUUUUUGUUCAGUGUAUUCUACCAAUAAGUUUUAUUUAAAGAAAUUUAAAGUGAUUACUGCAUACUUCUGUCAUUAAAUUUUCCAGUUCUAAAAAAAAAGAAAAAAAAUUUUCAUACCAUGCCUGCAAUUAAUGUGCAGUAAAAACGCCAAAAUGCACACAGUGCUAUGUUACAAACAUUAAAUGUAUAUGAUAUUUAAACACUUUGUAAAUGCAACACUUGCUGAAUUUCAAGGCUGCAGUUUGUUUGUAAUAACGAUCUGUUUCUAAUUGUUUUGUUUAAUGUGAAAAAUAAUUCAAUUACUGAGUAUUUUGCUAGGCAUGAGAAAAUUAAUUUCAUAACUUUUUAAUAUCUAGUUAUAGUGUACUCUAGCAUCAUAUCACUUUAUGAACAGAAAUAGUAAAAUUUAAUUUUUGAAUGAAUAAUACCAUACUCACAAUUUUUAUAGUAUAUUUUUGUGUGAAUUAUCUUUUAAAGACAGAUGCUCUGGUAAAUAAAUGUGAAUUCUUGGAAAAGAAA